AGGAUACCUAUACGAAUUUUCAACAUACAUCGCAAAGCUACUACUACUAGACAUACAGACACAAGGCAGACAUACAUACACAAGUCAUGAGACAUUACACUUAUGAAAAUCUAUUUACUAUUUAUAUUCUCUCAUAAAUAAGGCCCGUAAGGCACGCCAGGUGAGAAGUAAACAAGCCACACGUGAUGUUGAACUAAGUAUUAUGGACUAAUAAACAUAUCUCAAGUCACUCAGUCUCUUGUGUUGUUCCCGCUCGGGGUGUUUCAUCUACCACACAGGUGACUCAGGUGGUCUUAGGUGACUCUACGGGUGACUUAAGUGACUCUACAGGUAAUUAAGGUAACUCAGGUGGUUUCGUCAACAGGUGCUGGUAAACACGACGGACGGUCAACAGUUUCGAGCCUCGUACUCCACGUUCCAGAUAAAAAAAGAUAUGCCGUACACCCUAGAGGACCUGGGGGACUACUAUGGAGAUGCUGGUAACCCUAUGCUGCUGAACCUGGAUAACGACUUUAACGAGUUUGAAGGAAAGUUCUGGUGGGUGCCGACUGACUUUGCUGAUGAUGGUGCGACGUUGCUCACAGACUCCAACCUCAAGUGGGACUCAGUGGAAGUGAAGAGUGUCAUUAUGAGGGUUCGAGCAGUGGCAGAUGACGAAGUCGUCGCCUGCCCACUUAUCCCUAUGGAAGACUGGUGGUCGAGUGUGAUAAUUGAUUUGCCGCCAAGCCGUGAGCCAGGAGCCAUCAUCAGCUAUUACUGCGACGGUGACCUGAUGUGGGGAAACGAGGGACAUGCAGACGAGAGACAAAGCGGUACCAUCCUUUGUCAACAGGGCGAACCAAGUAAACCUCACACUUGGAACGACACCUUCGCCCUCCCCUGCACCCUGAAGUGUCCACCGGAGUUCGAGAAAGACACACUCGAACUCACUUGUUAUCACUUCUCAACCGAGGCCGCCCCACUUGGACUCCCCGAGGCCUCCAAGAAGUGCUCAGAGUUCGGAGCCUCACUGGCCGUCCUCCAGAACCCCGAAGACUUGAAUUUUGCUGACAAGGAUAAAUUCUACUACACGGCUCACACCAGACAAGGUGCCACCGAAGUGUACCCAGAAGUGCCCGAGAUCUUCACCUGCGAAACCACCUGUACCGCGACGGAGGAGCUGGAGUGUAUUGCAGCGGGGAAGGAUGUGAUGUACCGGGCACAAGAGUGUAGCGACCCUGAGACUCGCUUUUUGUGCAUGAUACCAGCUUGGUGCCCUAACAACUACACAGAACACGGCGGUCUCUGCUACAAGUUGUUGUCUGAUGUCAGGAACUUCACGGAGGCGUUGGUGCAGUGUGCUGAAGAAGGAGCGUCCCUAGCUUACCCUGAGACACCCAGCGCUAUUGGCUUCCUCACUAUCAUGGCCAUGGUCUCGUCUGAUUCGGAUGGCAUGACGUUGGCCGCGGAGACACAGAACCUCAUGAUUGGCCUUAAUGACGCCCUGGGUGACUGGACCAGCGAAGGUCUGUAUUCUCCUGACGAAGAUGUGAUCACCCUGGCGGAUAUCUCCCCAUCAGGAUCUCACUGGAGGUUCCUCACUAUCGACCAGAGCAUCUCCACCCUCACCUCCACCACGCUAGCUGCGGAGGGUGCCACUGGUGCCAUCUGUCAGCUCUACGGUCCUCUGGGUUGUAAGGUGGGGCCAGCGGAAGCACUAGCCAACAGUACGAGAGUAUGGGAUAACACCACUGCUGUCGCCUCUUUCGCCAUCUACACGUGUUACCCGGGUUACUUCGUGAAUGGGAACGAGAGCCUGACGGUGCAGCGGGUGGAGUGUCUGGGGCCGUUAGGUGGAUGGUACCCCAGCGAACUCCACAACUGCAUAGCUACUGAAGUGUGUGUGGAGGAAGUACCAGCUCCACCUUCUUCCCUCAUCACCAACACCACCACCUCCCUCCUCCGUUACCUGAAUGGCACUGUUAACUUCACCUGUCCGGAGAAUAUGACCACUCAGGAGGGCGCAUCCCUUCAGACCAUUACCUGCCUCUACAACGAGUCCCACUACCGGUUUACUCCUCAGGUGGUACAGGCUUGUGACGUGUGUACGAGAGAGCCAGUGGGGAACAACAGUGAGACAGACUGGGACGGAGACACCACCUACACUGUCAACAUGACCGUGACAGCCACAUGUAUUGAGAACCAUGUGUUGAACCUGACCCACACCACCAGCCACCUGGCCUGUACCUACGAGGGCUGGCAGUCUGCACCGUAUUGUUACCCAGGUUGUGCGGAUGCGCCUCCUACUCCCGGCUCCAACAUGACCCGGGAUAACCUGACUUGGAACGGUGAUGGCGUGGUUCUCUACUACAACUGUUCCUCUGGUUACUUCAUCCCUCCAAGUGAGGAAUAUCCAGAGCUGCUCACCUUCACCUCCGUCACCUGCAGCGCUACUACCUGGGAGCCAUCUGGUCCCCCUCUGAUGUGUGCGCAGAUGUGCCUGGAGGACCCGAUGGCAGCGUCACCCACCACCAACUCCUCUUGGGACGGUGUUAACAGGACCGUCGGUACUGAGGUGGUGUUCUCGUGCUCGAACGGCCAGGUGUUGCCAGACCUCAACACCUCCGUCACCAUCAACUGCGGCGCCGACGGUAACUGGACCACCGUGCCCCUGGACUACCUCUUGUGUAGGACAGUGGCGCCGGCCCCUCCUCCCGUGGCCCCCGGCAACAGCUACAUAGAGCCUCCGCCGCCCUACUGGGUGGGAAUGACCAUCAGGUACAUGUGUCCGUCGCCCCAGACCACCGCAACGGGAGACACCCACAUCAACGUCACCUGCCUGGAGGAGGGUUGGCCGGAGAUCGACCCCACCUUUGAGUGCUUCGCCGCGUGCUUGUCAUUACCACCUGAGUCACCACCUCGGGUCACCAAUAACUUCACGGGGUCAGCGGGUUACGGACAGGUGGUACAAUACACCUGUGAUGGCAUCUUCCCCGACAGUACCACAUACAUCACUACCACCUGCCUCAUUACCAGCUGGUCCGUGGAGAACAUACCCACCUGUUUCGGUAAGACACACACACACACACACACAGGAACGACCGAAAUAAUGUAUCAAUUUCAUUACCUUCAACUAAAGUUCCAAACAUUAAACAAUAGGACCAUAAUUCUACUGAGACUCUUCCUUACCAAUACAAGUUUGAUGACAAAAUUAACAUACACAAUCUCUUGAAAGGUUCUGUACGUUAAUCUUUGUCUGCUGCCAAAAUAAAAUAUUUGUGUUGGUUCUAAUUAAUGUGUGUGUGUGUGUGUGUGUGUGUGUGUGUGUGUGUGUGUGUGUGUGUGUGUGUGUGUGUGUGUGUGUGUGUCUUAAAAUAUGUCGUAUGGUAUUCCACUUAUUGUUGUUGUACAUGUGACGCCAUCAUCAUCAUCAUCAUCAUCAUCAUCAUCAUCAUCAUCAUCAUCAUCAUCAUCAUGUUUAAUCAGUAUUUAUUAACUCAAAUAUGUUAUGAUAUUGUUAAAUAUAUUAUAUUUUUUGAAAUUCUCUACGUAUUAUCCGAUUAAUCAUUAUAUGUGAAAGAUUAUUAAAAAAAAUCGCAACCUUUUUAGAAAAUUAUUGUACCAUUAUUGUGACUGAAAUUAAAAUG